UAAUUUCAGUAAGAACGUUCCCAAGAAAGCGUCGUUCUUGAAAAGAGACUUGGACGCCAGAGCACAAUCAGAAGCAUAUAGGCUGAUGUUUAGGCUACCGGCGGCGGAAAAGCUAGACGGUUCGAUAGAUUGUACGAUGUUCACACCUUAUAAUAAGAAGCACAUCAACGGACGCCUUUUUCUGUCGCAGAAUUAUAUUUGCUUCGAAAGUAGGGUAAAGGCCCAAGUCAGCGUGGUGAUUCCGUUAAGAGAGAUAGUAGUUACCGAGAAAAUAGAAACCAAUGUAUCAAAUCAACCCUUAGACAAAGCCAUCAUCGUGACCACCGGAGACACAUUGAACAGAACAAACUUUAUUUUUGCACAAAUCCUAGAUAGAGACUUUCUCGUAGAAAAAAUCGCCGAACUAUUAGCCAAAACCAAAGAACCCAAACGAAACAAGUUAACUGAGAGGCUCAAAUUGAUAAAAGUAUCAGCAGAUUCCAAAAGCAACAGCGACUGGAAGUGCCAGCAAGCUCUGAUGAGAACGUUCCCGUUGAGUCCCAUCCCGGAUGUAUAUAAGAAACAGGAACAGAAAGUGAGGGAUUGGGAGGAGCAUUUUAACAUAUACGGCCGAGGCGUUUCUAUGUACCGAACGACAGAUGUUUUUACUCUAGUCUUACAAGGUGUACCUGAUCAUUUGAGGAUGGAAAUAUGGAUGUCGUUUUCUGGUGCUGCUCACGAAAAAUCUUCCCAUCCUGGUUAUUACCGAAAAUUAGUCGAUAAAGCUUUAGUCCAACAGUCUACGGCUAACGAUGAAAUAGAAAGAGAUUUGCAUCGAUCUUUGCCCGAACAUCCUGCCUUUCAAAAUACCAUAGGAAUUGAUGCUCUGAGGAGGGUUCUUUGCGCCUACGCUCUUCACAAUCCCAGUAUUGGUUAUUGUCAGGCUAUGAACAUUGUUGCUUCCGUCCUUUUGAUAUACUGCAAUGAAGAAGAAGCCUUCUGGCUGUUGGCCACGUUGUGCGAGAAUCUCUUGCCCGAUUAUUAUAACACUAGAGUAGUAGGAGCAGUCGUAGAUCAAGGAAUUUUAGAUGAACUGAUCCUCGAGCAUUUGCCAAGUCUGCAUGAUAAACUCAAUCAAUUAGGUAUGAUUAACAUGAUCUCAUUAUCGUGGUUCCUGACAAUAUUUUUAUGCGUGAUGCCUUACGAAAGUGCCGUUAACAUUAUGGAUUGUUUCUUCUAUGAUAGUGCCAAAGUCAUUUUUCAAGUAGCUCUUAUGUUGCUCGAGUGGAAUCAGGAGAAACUUCUUGAAUGCCGAGACGAAGGGGAAGCGAUGCAGUUGCUGUCAGAUUAUUUGAUCGGAGUUUUCAAUGACGAAGGUAGAGGAGCUAUAAGAAACAAAGUUUAUGAUGAUCAAAAGAGGAGUAUAUCUGUCCAGGCUUUAAUAUACGAAGCAUACAGAAAAUACGGCUUUAUUACAACUGGGCAAAUAGAGCGACUUCGAUUAAAGCACCGAUUAAGGGUAGUCCAAGAAUUGGAAGACAAUUCCGAGAAGAACGUUUUGAGAUGUGUAUCUGCAGAUGGAUAUUUCACGCAGGAGGAGUUGCAGGAUCUUCUGUCCCUGGUUAGAGAAGAGAUAAUCAGCCAAAAUAAAUGUAUACCGGACAAGCAUGAUCCCUCGCUGCAGCCUUACGAAGCUUACAAAGUAGAUUUCGAUUAUUUCAAAAUUUUAUUCGCUGCGUUGUCUCCUUGGGGAAAAGGAGAAACGGCCGAAUUAUUGGCUGCCAGAAUAUUUAUGCUUAUGGACCAAAACCAAGAUAGUUACCUCAACUUUAAAGAACUGGUCACGGCUCUGGGACUUACCUGCACAGCAGAUGCAACCCAAAGACUAAAACUACUGUACGCCAUUCAUCUACCUCCCAUUUUAGUGAUGUCCGACAUAGAAUCUCCCGUUAAAAACGAACAAGGUGCCGAAGUAGCGUCGGAAGCCACCGACUUCUUUACCACCGUAGAGCAGUGUGUUAGUUUGGACAAUCUGGAUCUGACCGAGGUCCCGUCGCCAAGCGUUUCGUCGUACCAGUGGCAGAAAUCGUACGAUUCGCAGGCUUCAGUCGAAUCUAGUUCGCUAACUCCAGGCGAUACUAAUUGGGAAUCGAAAAGCAUGACUAAUUUGAGGAACCUUGUUCAGUCCAAAGACAGCAAACUGAAUAUGAAACUGGUUCCUAAAAUGUCGCAACCCAGGUUCAUCACAAUGUGGAAAUCCGUAUACGAUAUUCUCCAAGCAGAGCCAGAUGACUUGGAAAUUUAUCAAGCAAUAACAAACACUGUCACGUUGCUGUUCGAAUUAGGAGACGUUGGUAAGAAAUAUUUCGGUACCAGAGAUGAAUCUGAUGAUAGUCUAGCUUCUGCUGCCACUGCUACGUUAGCAUCGUCGAAUAUUGAAAAAAUUUCACCAGACAAGAACGGCAACCCCUUGACACCCAAAGCAGAAAUCCACUGGCACAUCACAGUCGAACAAUUUCUAGCAUCGAUAAUGAACUCUGAACCCUUAGUAGACUUUUUCUCCAGAAGGAACCCCAUCAGCCAGAAGAUCCGACAACUGAAAUCUAGAAAAUACGUAAGGAUGCAGUCGUUCUACAACGUUUCCGCUAUAAAAGUCUGAUUUUCGUUGACCUAACUCUCAUUAAAUGUCUGCUACAUCGCUCAAUAUCUCUCAGCGAAUAAAAGUCUUGUAGAAACUAUUGUAACGAACGAAACCAAAAAAUGGAAUGAAAGUUUAGAGAUUUUGGUAAAUGUUGCUUUUAAAUUGAUUUUAAAUCUAGUAUUGCAGAUAUUUCGCAAGACAAAUAAGUCAAGUACAUCACGAAUAAGCAAUUGAUAUCCCUAUUUUAAUAGUGAUACAAAUCUAGUAUAUCCUCCUUUAUAUUCAUUUCAAUGUUGA